GGCAUACAGCGUGCCAGUUUGAAGAAACACGUCGUCGAAGACGGUCAGACAGACACGUUCACCGUUGGUUCGCGCGAGCAAACCAACCAACUCCGCUUUUUGCGAUCGCCGGUCGGUUUUGCGCGUGCGUCUGCUUCCUAUUCCCGCAUCUCGAAUUCGCUUUUGCGCAACACGCGAUCAAUCGCAAUAACCGACUCACACAAACGUAUUGAUCUCCAUCAUCUCGCGGUGCUCCCUUCAGUGCAGCAGUGGUGUGUGGUUUGUUCGAUUCAUUCAAUCGACUGUGUGCGAAGUGCUUGCCCCAAAACGUGGGGUGGGAUAUCGUGGUUUCAUUCAUCGCGCGCUGCUUAGUCAUUUGCGGGUCGCGGGACCGCGCGCGCAAGAAGAUAGUGAUCGCGAAACGGUAUUCGAGCUGGAAAAUAAAACCCGCGGCGUGUCCAGCUUUUUCAGUGUGCAGUGCUUUUAGUGUGGUGCGCAAGUUCCGCCAGCGAGUGAGGUGAAAGAUUUAAUUGAAAAUCAUUCAAUCAGCAAAGGUUAUCGCUUGUGUGCCCCCCUACGUUGUGUUAGAGUGUGCUUCUGCCCGGAAACGGUCGGUUACCUUAUCCGCAGUUCUAUCGCCGCUUCCAAGCCGAGGUUAAACUUUGCGUGCUUGUGCACAUUCGCCUAUCUAACGCGCUUCCCCGGCGGCUUCAAAAGCAACGAACCCGACCGAACCGAAACGGAAACGGAAAAUGUAUCAUUUAAUGAGAUUUCCUUAAUUUAUGGAUUAGAAAAGUCAAUUGUUCGACGAGGUUUGCCCUCGAGAAGCCACCUCCAUCGCGUUUGAAGCUUGCGGCGGAGGGGCAGUAAGUGCGUUCCGGUGCGUUUUGUUUCGCGUCCUGCGACUCACAAUCAAAAACACACCCCCCCCCCUCCCCACCCCAUUUCCGCGGGCGGUUUGAACGCGCAAGACAUCUUGCCGGGAGUGUAUCGGCGCGGCUGGAAUUUCGAAUGCGUACCGCGUUUCCGUCCGUUUCGCCCGAAAACCACAGGCACCACAUCGCAACCACCACCACAGGAGCGGGCGGUGCGGUGAAUGGCGUGCAGCCAUAAAAAUUGUGAAAAGCUCAUUAAAACAAAAGCUUGCCGGCGCGGUACACGGCGCCAGGCGGAAGCCAGCGUGUGUGUACCCGUGGGAGCUCCCCCGAAUAUCAAACUCGAGAAUCGACUAGAAGCCUAGCCGCCGAGCAAGCGUGCCCGGGCCACACAAGCGAACUAUUCGGUGCUGCGUGCGGAUAAAACGCGCUUCCCCAAAACUCCUCCAGUCCGGCUCCCAAAAGAUGCUGACGAUCGUCCGCCGUGGUCGAUCGUGGGGCUUCCCGAUGGGGCAUUCUCCGGCAACUACGCAGCAGCAGCUGCUGCUGCUCGCGCUACUCACCGCCGUCAGCGUCAUCGUGCAUCCAUGUGACGCUUCCUGCUACUUCCCGUUCGAGUUCCAGGGCGGCUACAUCACGCAGAAUACGGUCACGCCGGAGGGGGCGGUGCGGUACAGCCGCGUCAACAUCACCGAGAACGCGAUCCCACUGUGGGGCAUGUGUCACAAACGGCGCGACAACAACGUUAUCCUGAUGACCGGCUCGGAGGAGGCGAGCUGCUAUCGCUGCUUUCACCUGAAGCUCGUGUCGAAAAACGUGCUGCGGGUGCUGGCCGCCGACAAGGACUACCUCUCCAAGUGUCACACCAACGAGGAGAAAGCGCUCGCCUCCUGUCUGUCCGAUGACGAUCUGCUGAACGAGGCGAAAAACACCGAAAUCAUCCUUUACAAAUUCCACGAGUGGGACGGUGCAGAGGUACGACAGGAAUACUGCCCCAUCCACGGCCGGUAUCGCAUGACGUACAGCGUCGAUAGCAGCGACACAGCGGACGCCAUCGAGUGUGAUUCGGUCGAAUCGGAGGUAGACAACUGUCCGUCCGGAUCGGCGUUAAACUUGCGCUUCCGCAACUGCGCCUUCCCGGACCGGGAGGUAACGUUCGAAUGUCUCGGGCACUGGCGCGGCUUCGGCAAUCGCAACUAUCUCGCACUGCUCAGCACGGGCAAUGAGUCGCACCUGGGGCCCAAGUAUCGGUGCGCCACCUACACCGAGAACCCGAAGACGGGCGAAAUCGAGAUCUCGUUCAGUCGCGACUCGACCUGCCGCGCCAUCGAGCGUCAGUACGUGCGCCAUCCAAACUCCCGGUACACGAACGGCAACGGCAUCGGAAGCGAGUACCAUCACGAAGUCCUAACACUUCGUCCAAUCCCGCUCGAGUUCGGUCCAGUCAUACAGUACUGCAGCUUUCCCAGCUGGCUAAUCGGGCGCUGGGAGCACGUGGUCGUCAAUCAGAACCAGCUCAUCUACAAAGACCACAACACCUUCAAGACCUACACGAUGAAAUGCGUCAAGAACUACACCAACCACGACUCGAACAAGUACAUCGUCUACAGCCAAACGCAAUGUGGCGAGGAGAUGUACCAGUGUUUGAAAAUCGAACGGCGCGAUACGAAUGUGUUCGAGUUCCAGAUAAGCAGCCGCCAGUCGGCCAACUACACUGCCACGAUCUGUAACGAUUUCUACUUCAACGACGACCGGUGGUUGACACAGGGUCGGCUAGACAGCAACGACAUUGUCUCGCCCUGCCCCAUCAUUGGCGAGUUCUCCGGCAUCAUCCCGGACGAUGAGGGUCUGUGCGCGAAGCUGUCGUCCGAGUGCGAGUCCCAGGACAUCAUGUACUACCAGAUCUCGGCUUGCGAUUACGCAAACGAAGUGUAUGAAGAACGCGAAUACCGGUGUCUUGGCCAGUGGACACAUCGAAACAUCGUGUACACGUACACCCAACGACGGGACGUCGGCACGUACGAGUGCUUCGUCGGCACGAUGCUGUCCGAUCGGCAGAUCUUCAUCAAGGAGGCGGGCGAACACUGCCAGCGUGACGUCAAUCCGCACCGGUUCGGCAUGGAGCUGAACAAGGUCGCGCACUGUACGCCACCGCAGGUGUUCAAGUCGCCCGGCCGGGCCACGCACAAGUACUCCGAGGUGCCGCAGCCGACCCAGCGACCAGGGCUGCCGGUGAAUGGCGGUGGUGCCGGCGGGCACUCGGGCGUACUCGCUGGCACCAGCGGCAAUCACUUCCACCAAAGUUCCUCGCCGUCCGCGGUGCCCAACUCGACACCUGCUCCAGCGUCGAGCGUCCCUACCGGAUACGCCGAUGGUGGCCAGCGCGGCGGAAGCAGCAGCAGUGACGAUGGCAGCAGCAGUAGCAGCGGCAACAGCAACGGCGGUAGCAGCGGUGGAGGAGCUGCCGGCGGAAACAACUAUCCUCCGUAUAAGACUAAUUCCAAACACGAACCGGCCUCGGUAAAACCGGGCACCGUCGGCUCCACGGCCGCGCAUGUACAGUCGCACUAUACCUAUUUAUUGUUAGCAACGUUUAUCUGUGUUAUCCUAGGUUGUAAGAAUAUUAGCUGUUAA